GUUUCUCGAGGGACCAGAGGUGCAAACCAGAAUCCACGAGUUCCAGAGUUCGAACUCGUCCUACUCGGCCAUCCCAAAGGUACCCAUUUUACACUCACACACAGACAAACCCACUCGCUUAUUUUCGUGCACAGUUUCUUCAACUCCAUUAAUGGCGGUCGCGAACUGAAGCGACCAAGGGUCUGAAUAGGAUUUGAAGGAUAACUUUGCUAAAAUGACGUUAUUGAGAAGUCCUAGUGGUCGUGACAAUCAGGAGAGUGCUAAGAAACCUUCUUUUCCCUUGGCGGACCAGCUGCAAAAACAGAAGUCACCUUUUGGCUUCUAUACUGAUUCUGAUAUGUUGGUGUGGUUGAAAGGGCUAGCAUUAGACCCUUGUGACCGGAAAGCAUCCCCAGAUUCAGCUCGACAAUUAUGGAAGCAGAGUCUUAAAGUGCGGAAACUAUUGCUUCUUGGUAAUGUCGUUUGUCCACGGAGAAAACGAAAACUUCAUCAGUUCCUAAACAGUAGUAAGUUCGCAGGUGCUUCUGGAUUGGCUACAGAGCAAUCUUAUGUUCAUACUGUUAAGAAAAUGGGCAGAGUGCAUUCUGUCUCAUGCGUAACCAAUACAAAUGCCAACAGUGAAAUUUUCGAACCACUGGUUCUCUGUAACUCACGCAGUUCUGGAAGUUUGUUGACUUUUGAAGAUGAAGAUCAGCAUAAGCCAGGCUAUACAGAUUUGGCCAUUAUGGAUGUGGAAAAUAUUGGUCCAUAUUGCAAGGAUAAUUCUGCCUCUCCUUUAAUUGAUACAGAUGAAUCAAACAAUGGUUUGAACACAUUGAGUCCGAAAAACUUGAAUUUCUGUGAUGCAACCAAUGUGAAUCUUAAUGAUACAGCUGAAAGCUCAGACUCUUCGAGUUUAGACGAGAAUAGUUCAGAACUUGAAUGUGCAUUGAGGUCGUUGGUUUCCAGUGAUGAUUAUCUUCCAAGAUCUAUUCCUGUGAGAGAGAUCGAUGGCUCAGCUCACCAUUCGGAUCCAAUGAGGUCAAAGGAGCAAAAUUCGAAAGUUCGAGAAGCAGUGAAAAUAAUGUUUUCAGAUGGUGGUGUUCUGAGGGCUGUUGUUCCUAUUGGUCCUGGUUUUCAGGUGGAAGUCCCAGAAUGGACGGGUCCUGUGGAUAGGAAGAAUCUUUAUGGUAGUGAUGGUGAUUCGAAAGUGUCAAGGUGGUUGGGCACACAAACGUGGCCCAUUAAAGGAAAAAGUGCAGGAACCAUUGUGAAAGAACUUGGUAAAGGGAGAUCCGACUCUUGUUCUUGUGUCUCUCCAGGAUCUGUUGGUUGUGUCAAACACCACAUUCAUGAAGCAAGACUCUGUUUGCAAUAUGAAAUUGGUCCUGCCUUCCGGAGUUGGAAGUUUGAUGAAAUGGGAGAAUUUGUCUCAGCUUCAUGGACUUCAAGUGAACAGCGGAGCUUUGAAUCUCUUGUCAGAAUGAAUCCACUAUCAAAUGAAGCAAGUUUUUGGAGGACUGCCUUUAAGCGUUUCCCUUCCAAGUGCCGGAAGAGCAUUUUGAAUUACUACUAUAAUGUGUUCAUCCCUAGACGUAUGAGCAUCCAGACUAGAUCCUCUCUUAAUGAAAUUGACAGUGAUGAUGACCAGACAAAGGAAGAACAGCUAACUGGAUGUAAAUCUAGAAGGGUAGCUUAGAUGUUCGAAGGACAUGAAAUUGACAAUUGAGCAGCUUGAGGUUGUCAGUGGCCUGUGAUAUACUUGUCCCUUUAGGUUUAGCUCAAUGGCACUUUUUCAAGACUGAUCUUUUGCCCUAUCACAUGCCUAACCAGUGCUAUUUUGGUUUGUACAGACAUACAAAAUCCAAAGCAAUUUUGAUACUCAGUUGCCUGUGCUUUGCCUUCGUAAAAGCUUGUUUCUUGUAUGUUUCUGUAUUCAAUUUUUUUCAUAUCCGGUACAGAUCCAGAGAGCCUAUAGAAAUUUCU